UACUCUCUUAUCCUAGGCCAAGCUGAAUAACUGACACCAGAUCCUUCAGUGCUGCUGUCAUGGCUACUUCCUUUAUGCAGAGCACCUCUUCUAACUAUGGUGGUGGUCUGGGGGGUGGGGGCAGUAGCUCCUCUCGUGUUUCUUCAGUCCGAAUGGGAGGAUCCUACAGACCCCCAAGUAUCCAUGGAGGAUCUGGUGGCAGGGGCGUUUCUGUCUCUUCCACUAGGUAUGUCUCCUCUGGAAGUGGAUAUGGUGGUGGCUUGGGCAGUAGCUAUGGGGCUGGAUAUAGUUCUGGCUUGAGUGGGGGCUAUGGAGGAAGUAGUGGCUUUUAUUCUGGCUUUGGAGGAGAUGCUGGUGGUUGCUUUGGAGGAGGUGCUGGUGGCGGCUUUGGAGGAGGUGCUGGUGGUGGCUUUGGUGGUGUUUAUGACUUUGGUGGUGGUGAUGGAGGCAUCCUAUCUGGAAACGAAAAGGUAACUAUGCAGAACCUGAACGAUCGUCUGGCAACCUAUCUGGACAAGGUGCGAGCUCUGGAGCAAGCAAAUACUGAUCUAGAGAUCAAAAUCCGAGACUGGUAUCAGAAGCAAGGUCCCACUAGUCCAGAACGUGACUACAGUCCUUAUUACAAGAUAAUUGAUGAGCUUCGAGACAAGAUUCUUGCAGCUACUAUUGACAAUUCCAGAAUCAUUUUGGAAAUUGACAAUGCUAGACUGGCUGCUGAUGAUUUCAGACUGAAAUAUGAGAACGAGUUGUUCCUUCGCCAGAGUGUUGAGGCUGAUAUCAAUGGCUUGCGUAGAGUCUUGGAUGAGCUGACUCUGUCCAGAGCUGAUCUGGAAAUGCAGAUUGAAAACCUGAAGGAAGAGUUGGCUUUCCUCAAGAAGAAUCAUGAGGAAGAAAUGAAGGAAUACAGCAAUCAGCUGGGUGGACAGGUCAGCGUAGAGAUGGAUGCUGCUCCUGGAGUUGAUCUCACCAGUGUCCUGACUGAGAUGAGAGAGCAGUAUGAAAUACUGGCUGAUAAGAACCGUCGAGAUGCUGAGGCCUGGUUCUAUAAACAGACUGAGGAGCUGAACCGUGAAGUAGCCACCAAUACUGAUCAGAUACAUACCAGCAAGAGUAAGAUUACAGAACUGAGACACACACUGCAGGGCCUGGAGAUAGAUCUCCAAUCCCAGCUCAGCAUGAAAGCUGGGUUGGAAGCCAACUUGGCAGAAACAGAAGGAAGAUACUGUGCACAGCUAGCACAACUUCAGGCCAUGAUCACCAACAUUGAGGAGCAACUGGCUGAGCUUCGAUGUGACAUGGAGCGGCAGAACCAAGAGUAUAAGAUGCUCCUGGACAUCAAAACCAGAUUAGAGCAGGAGAUUGCCACCUACCGCCGUCUGUUGGAAGGCCAGGACUCCAAGCUGUCGGGAUGGAGCCCUAAGGAUGCACCCUUUAGCAGCAGCAGCAGCAGUAGAGUUCACAUUAGUGUGGAAGAUUCAGUAGAUGGAAAAGUAAUUUCUUCCCAGGAAAGGAAAUACUGAUUCCCCUCACCAACAUGAGACCACCUGUGUUGUACCACUUCUAAUGACAGCAGGCAUCUGAGAGGAGAAUCAUGAAAUACCUGCCAACAGAGUAACAAGGAAUCUGUUCAGUAUGCACACUAGAAAAUGCUAACUGAAAUGAUAAUGAUAUAGUCACAAGAGCAUAAUCCAAUAGUGCACAACAGCUUGGUGUCUUUCUUAUAAUUUCCUCUCUGUCUUUUACACUGACUAUCUGUUCUUAAAUCCUGAGGUGAAGGGCUCAUUUUACUGCAUACCAGCAGCUUUACUGUAUUACAUAAGUCUGGAUAAUAAAAUUUCUUUCCUGGCUUAUAAAUAAAUAAACGU